AUGGAGAUUCUACGAGAAAGCCCACGCGCAUCCUUUGAUCACUUGAGCUACGAGAAGGUGUUCUCGAAAACACCAUGCAAGAAGAUACAGAUGAUCCGGGCCGUCGACGAAGGCCAGAAGGGUCUUAUCGUCAUGAACCCCCAUCCUGCCGUCCGGGAUGAACCCUCUCUGGUCGACUAUUUACAAUCCGACGAGGCGCAAGGGAACGGAUCCUCGACAAAGGCCGCAUCUCUGACCCUAAUCUUCAUAUCGCGCGACACCGAGAGUGGAUUCAGCGUCCAGAGGUCGACCUUCAUCCAGCUGUGCGACUACCUGCAGCUCGACGAGUCCUUGCGGUAUUACCUGAUCUCCUCGCGAUCAGGCUGGUUCCCCGUCGUCGGCAAAGACGGUUGCUGUAGCUUCUUGGUCAAAGACUAUAUGUACAUCCUGGCAUGGACAUUUGAUCCCGACACCCUGCAGACGAGAGCCAUCAUGUCGGAGCGGUCGGAUUACAGGAAAUACUCCCACUUGCGGGAGGCAGGUCCUGUCAACCUCCCGGGCCACGUCAACCUUCCGGGCCUCACCAGAGCCCAUCUGUACCACCCGCUGACGUUGGCUUUCUACGGCCUAGCCGACUUCGUGUGGUGGACCGACGAGCUGAUCGUCAAUGAGGGCUACGCUGUCGGGGCGAUCGAGAAAUCCACCGGCCACGGACUGUGGACGAAGAGCGAAAUCGAGCCCAAGGCGCCUUCAUCCGAGGCUCUGACGGAGGCGUCGCGCAAGAUUGCCAAAGUGAUCGGCGUCUUCGCUAGUAUGCUGAAAAGCCUGAAGAUUGCGAAGGCGAUGGCGUUGACGCUGGACGACGUCGACACCUGGGGCGCUUGGUUCGGGGAGCGCGACGGUCUCGACGAUUACAGGCAGUGUUCGACCUCGUUCGCCGAGGCCUCGAGGUUAUUGAGGCGGAGGGCUGCGGCCAUCAAGCUAUCUGCCCACGCUUCGAACGACAGGGCAAGAGCGCAGUCGUCUAUUGUAUCGGCACUCAUCCGACGCGAAGAGACGCGCCUCAGUCUGCAGAUCGCUGAAGCGACGAAGCGGGAUAGCAGCGACAUGAAGGUCAUUGCCAUGAUGACGAUGCUGUUCCUGCCGGCGACCUUCUUCGCGGCGCUCUUCGCCGUGCCGUCGCUGGACUGGAACCAGCCCGGCAUCGUGACCGACAACUUCUGGAUCUACUGGGCCUUCACGCUGCCGACGACGCUGCUCAUCUUCUUCAUCUGGUUCCUUCUGAACGAUCCCAGGGUCAUCGGCCGGCUGCAGCGGCUGCGCAACUUCUUGCUGGGGAGGCGUGGUGAUACUGAUGGAGCCGUGGGGAAGGGUGGUCAGGAUGUCCAGUUGGGUGUAGAAAAAGUGUAUGUUGGGAAAUAA